AUGCAAUACGUCGAGCAAUGCAUUACAGGCUCAUUGCGCUGCCUUAUAAAUGGGCCUGCUGGCUCAAGACCUGUGCAACGCUUCAAGUCAGGAGGAUCUCCGUCACCUUCCAGUGAUCCUGGAUACUCCGCAAUUUUUUCAGUUGUUCAAGAUAUCGAAGAUGGUCAGAAAUACUCGACGCUGGUUGGUCCAGGAGUGCUGCCCAGGCCUCAUGCACAGUGUUGUCCUGCGCUAUCUGUUGCGUACACUCCACCAUCAACCGUUGGUUCAUCGACUAUUGCACCAAUACCCCCACCGUUACCUGAUUCACCACUGACAAGUGCUACUGGCGCAAUUUUUCGGUUACCUGAAACUUUACCACUCACUGUCACACCCUACUUUGCUGGGGAGGCAGACGCAGAUGUCAGGUGGGUCAAACGUGACCAAGCUUUAUACAAGGAACUUGUCGGUGCAAUCGCCAAUGAUUGCUAUGUAUACCUGUACCAUGAGAUCCUCUACAACAUGCCUGCAGUGCCUGGCAAAUCUGGACCCUAUUACUGCGUCACUCGUGGACGAUACAUUGGUGUUUUCAAUCACUGGGAUGAAGUUGCGGAAAACAUUGAAGGCUUUCUGAUGUGGUUUAUGCCGUUACUUCGCUCACCGUUGGAGAAGUACUUCUUCGCGCUGCAAUAA